UCUUCCUACUCAGUCCAUCAGGCUUUCUCUCUUUAUCACACUUGCAAUGCUCACCCCAUGGGCUUGCCCUUAUCACAGCUACACCUACUUGCACCCAGAUGAGAGCCACCUCAGUAUGAAUGAAGUGCCACACGCAACCAGACUGCUGAAGUUGUGACUGCCUUUCUCAGUGCCAUGGAAAAUGACCCAGAGAUCAAGUUCAAGCCUAGCAAGGAAAUGGCUUCAUCUGGACCCGUCACUGUGGCCAGAGGACAGUGGUCCAGUAAAAUGGAGUUCCUCCUUGCAGUCGCCGGACAAAUUAUAGGACUUGGAAACGUGUGGCGGUUCCCUUACUUGUGCUACAAAAAUGGAGGAGGAGUGUUCUUUAUCCCUUAUGUGCUCUUCCUCUUUACAUGUGGCAUCCCUCUAUUUCUACUGGAGACGGCUCUUGGCCAGUACACUAAACAGGGCUCCAUCACCUGCUGGAAGAAAAUUUGUCCUCUCUUUGGAGGAAUGGGUUAUGGAAGUCAGGUGGUAGUUUUAUACUCCAGCAUUUAUUACAUCAUCAUAUUGGUGUGGGCAUUCUUCUACCUCUUCUCUUCCCUAAGCGCUGAGCUCCCAUGGGCAAGCUGUAGAAACAGCUGGAACACGGAGACGUGUGUGGAGUUCAGUCAAAGACGCACGCUCAACUGGACGGUGUCAGAAAAUGCAACAUCCCCUGUGAGAGAAUUUUGGGAGAGACGAGUACUAAACGUAACAGGAAGUGUCGAUGACUUGGGUGGUUUUCGAUGGGAGUUGGCUCUUUGUCUUCUUUUGUCUUGGAUCAUCUGCUACUUUUGUGUGUGGAAAGGAGUGAAGUCUACAGGAAAGGUUGUGUACUUCACAGCCACAUUUCCUUAUGUCAUGCUGGCAGUGUUGCUUGUCCGUGGACUCACGCUGCCUGGGGCCAUCAAUGGCAUUAAGUUUUACCUCUACCCAGAACCAUCUCGCCUCGCUGAUCCACAGGUCUGGAUGGACGCUGGCACACAAAUAUUUUAUUCCUAUGCUAUUUGCAUUGGUUGUUUGAUGGCACUUGGCAGUUAUAACAAGUACGACAAUAAUUGUUACAAAGAUUGUGUAUACUUGUGCCUCUUGAACAGUGGAACCAGUUUUGUGGCUGGAUUUGCCAUCUUCUCUGUUCUUGGAUUCAUGGCUUACGAGCAGAACACGGACAUAUCCAAAGUAGCGGAAUCAGGUCCCGGCUUGGCAUUCAUCGCUUACCCUCGAGCUGUGGCCAUGAUGCCAUUUCCACAGAUUUGGGCCAUAUUCUUUUUCGUCAUGAUCAUCUUGCUUGGACUGGACAGUGAGUUUGUAGGUCUGGAAGCAAUUGCAACCUCUAUUUGUGACAUGAAACCGUCCUUCUUCCAUGUUGGCCAUAGAAGAAAACUACUUUUACUCCUCAUCAGUGUUUUCUGUUUCUUUAUCGGCCUCGUGAUGGUCACUGAAGGAGGAUUGUAUAUUUUCCAGUUGUUUGACUACUACGCCUGCAGUGGGAUGACUCUGCUUCUCUUUGCCAUACUUCAGUCAGUUUGUGUUGGAUGGAUUUAUGGAGCAGAUCGUUUCUAUGAUAACAUCCAGGACAUGAUUGGAUACAGACCUUUACCAGUGAUUAAACUCUGCUUGAAAUAUGUCACUCCAGUUAUCUGCAUGGGAACAUUUAUCUUCUCUUUGGUCAAAUACAAACCACUGAUGUUCAACAACACCAUUGAGUAUCCAUGGUGGGGUUAUGCCCUGGGCUGGUGGUUCACUUUGUCUUCCACACUCCACGUUCCUUUAUGGAUGGUGUACACCCUGAUUACCACUCCCGGAACAAUUCGUCAGCGUUUCACCACCCUCUGCACUCCAUCAAAAGACCUUUCACCACCCAAAUCGGAGAAGACAGUACUUGAACUACACAACUUGACGCACAAAUCAGACAUCAUGUUGUGAGAACAUCGAGCACUUCCAGUGAACUUCAUGAGGCAUAACAACUUUUGAUCAUCUUCACAACACCAAAGCUGAAAUUCACAGCCUGGUUGUCCUUUUUUUCAAACCAAGCUACGUAUAACAGGUUAGAAAAUAACCAAUCACGGAGUCUAUGACUCAGUUUUUGUCCAUUCCUAUCUACAAUAUUUGAAGGUUUACAUAAAGGGGGAAAAGGGAAGGUUUGAAACAAUUUUCUCAAGAGAAACAAUGAUGAAGAAAAUAUCAUGUGGUGCCUUUAAUUUUUUGGAUAAGAUUUUUUUUUUUUUUUUGCUUGCAAUGAACAAGAACACAGAACCAAGUAAUGGCUCCAACAAUUGAAAUUCCACUUUUAUUUUUCUUCUGACAAUUAGUUGAGAUCAAAUUUAGGAGACUGUUUUUUUGUUUGGGUUGCUGUAAGAACUGAAGUGAAAAAGUACUGUAGGUGCCAAUUAAGCUAUAGAGAAAAGUAAAAAAUAUAUAUAUGUUCAUUUAAUCUAAAUACAGUAUUUUCCGCACUAUAAGGCGCACCUAAAGGCCUUGCAUUUUCUCAAAAACCGACAGUGCGUCUUAUAAUCAGAUGCGCCUUAUAUAUGGGUCAAUAUUGGUUAAUCAUGACAUGACAUUCCCUUUGGCGUAGCUCCAUCUACUGGAUGCAUAAAGCUACUACAACAACAGUGACCCAAAAACAAGCUUUUAACAAUCCAAUAAAACCAUGAGUGGUGGAAGUAAAUAUUUUAUUCAUAGUAAUUGAAGCCUUAAAACAUGCUAUUAAAUUAAUGAAAAGGAAUUUUUGCGUAUUGGCAGACAAAAGCAAGUGGCAGCACUGCGAGACAGUGACCUUGAGAAAGUAAACAGUGUGCCAUUUUAGUAACCAUGGUGAAAUCAGCAUGAAAUUCACAGUAUUCCAACUCAGAUGAGGAAUCAAUAAGGAAUCUUAACAGAUUUCAAGAAUGCGUUCAUACAGGAAGACUCCAUUUAAAGAACGCCAUUUUUAAAAAGUGAAAAUGACAUACGUUUCUUGAUUGUCAUGUUUUAAGCUUUUAAUUCCUAUAAAUGAAAUAUUUUUUUAUCCCACCACUCUUGGUUUUGUUGGAUUGUUUAAAAAAAAAAUCCUCUUUUUUUGGGUCACCCUGUAUAUGGAUCAAGAUUGGUUACUCAUGGCAUGACAUUCCCUUUAGCGCAGCUCCAUCUAGUGGAUACAUAACGCAACCCCAACCACUACUACUACUGCGCCUUAUAAUGCAGUGCGGCUUUUAAAAUAGGCCAUUCGUUGAAGGUGUGUCUCAUACUCCGAUGCGCCUUACAGUGCGGAAAAUACGGUACAUAGAGCUUGUGUGCACUUUAGCCAUUUAACCAACAACAGCCUUUUCAAGAUUUUAUAAGUGCCUUAAACCCUUAAAUUCUUUCUUUCCUAAAUGCAUUUGUUCUUUCAGUAGAAUGUGGUUCCACACCAAAUUUUUACCAAAACACUGUUUUCAAACAUUCACUGACAGUGUAAGUAAAAUAUAUCCUGCAUCUAAAACAAGAUUUAAAACCCCCACACUUACCUCGGGAAAGUAAGAAAAGUGUCAGAAUGUUGUGAAAUCAAUCCUGAGUCUACAACUGUCAUUUCUACAAAUUACGUUCCACCAAAUCUAUCGACAUUGAUCCCUCGCGACUUCGCGCUUCAAACUUCGCGCCCUCAGUCCAUCGAAGAUUUUUUUUCUAUUGAGACUGCCAUCUUAAUAGGGCUGGAAAACCGACUAAAACAUUAAACAGGGGAAAUAACACAUUGUAGCCUUCAGUUCAAGUUUGACUUGCUUGCACAUACACACAUACCAAGGCAAGUGGCCAUUUAUUGAUUAAUAGCACCUGAGACAAAUCACCUAUGCCCACGCCCCUAGACAAUUAGGCACAAGAGCACAUUCAAGAACAACAGUGUUCAACAUUUUCAAUUAAAAAAAAAAAAAAAAUACAGAUGAGCUGUCCCGAGCCGAUCGCGUAGUCUAACUCUCACUCCCUCCUUCCCUCUCCCUGCUCUUUGUUCAUCAGGCAUUGCACUGGAGUUGCUUAUUAAAGUUAACAAUGUUGACAGAUUUUUGUGUUUGAGCUUGCUAGAGUCACGGACUCCAAAAGUGCCGCAUGCAUCAAUCAUCGUUUAACUUGUUAAGCAGUUGCUGUGGCAACUCAUUGUGUGUAAGUGAGCAGCUUGAGAGGAUUUGAGUAGACUCACUAUCAAGCAUUUGAUGAAGCCAAGCAUUUUCAUACUACUUUAUUCUUGUUUAAAAAUAAUUCGGUGGGACAAUAUCAUGUUUAAUACUUAUCAUAAUUACUACAUUUGAAGUGCUUAAAAAGCAUUUAUUAAUAUUUAUUUAUAUACAUAUAUAUAUUUGGCGGAAAAUGCUCAGGUGACUUAAAGUUCCGCUCUGAGACCCCCAAUUUGGCCAACUUUCAAAAUUGUGUGAUACAUCAUUGGAAAGCUUAAAAUUUUCUGGGGGAAGAAAAAAUUUGAACAGGAGGGCAUUAAAAAAAAAAUAAUAAUGAAAUAAAUAAAUUGAACAGCAAAACCCUAUCUGGAGGUGAGAGCAUGCGAGACCAGAAUUACAGACGCCAUGACUUUAACGAGAUAUUAUCGCAUACUUACCUUGUUUUCGAUCCAAAAACUCCAUGUAGCAUGUCUCACCGAGUGUCAGGACACAGCUGUCAAUGGCCACAGCCGGAUUUUGGGGGGAUUUUAUGGGUGAAACAUGGUAAUAUAACAAGGGUCGCGAUGCAGAAAUCGCAGACAUGAAUGAGUGGUCGAGAUUUUCUUUUUCAUAUAUUUACCCUUUUAAACAUUUUUGGGAUCAUUUGGAUCGAUUAUUUAUCUUCUAACAUAUAGGAGAAAAUGCAACAGUAACAAAAAAAAUACAAUUGAGCAAUACCAGUAGUUAUGAGGUAAAUAUCGUGACUUUUUUACAGACACCAUUUUUUUCAUUGUGACGUCAUUUGUUUAAAAGUUUAAAAUAUGCAAGUGAAUCAUUUUUCAAAGUCGUUUUUUUUUUUUUUUUUUUUUUUUACAAAAUAUUAGAAAUCAAUUAAUGAUUCUAAGCUAAAAAUGACACAUUUUUAAUAAUAAAUAUUAUUAAUUACCUUUGUUUUAUGGCUGGGUUGAAACACAAGCGGUUGCGCGAGGUCUGGAAACGGGGGUUUUCUAGGGUAACAAAGACAAAUUAAAAAUAGUUUGGGGACUUAAUGAGCCAUGAAUCCCCUAUGGCAGCAUAUAGACAUAUUGUUCCAUCAAACACAACAGUUGUUUUGGCUUAAAAUAUAGCAGUUUCUUUUAAAGAGGAGUGCAAGAGCAGAAACUGCUUUUUCAGUCUUGUCUGUGUUUUCCGCCAUAUAUAUAUAUAUAUAUAUAUAUAUAUAUAUAUAUAUAUAUAUAUAUAUAUAUAUAUAUAUAUAUAUAUAUAUAUAUAUAUACAUAUAUAUAUAUAUAUAUAUACAUAUACAUAAUUUAGUUUUUAAUCAUAGUUUGGGGGAGAAAAAAAUGAAAAAACAUGUUAUAUUUGUAUCUCUUUCCAAUGCUAAAUCUGAAUAAAUACAUACAUACACACAGACACACACAAAAUGGGGGGGGCAAGGGUGGGGGGGUGCGCUAAUUGGCGAUUUUUCACUUAUCACGGCGGGUUCAGGUCCCCAUUAACCACGAAAAACGAGGCAUCACUGUAUCUAUCUUCCAAUAUAUGUACAACACAAGCUGCGCUGGCUAAAAAAAUAAUACAAUACAAUUAUUUUGUGCUGAAGCGCGUAAGCUCUUUCUAUGAAAAUAUGUCUCAUUUUAUAUUCUAUUUUUUUACGACUUAUUUCCUUAAUUAUAAGGGGUUAUCAAAUCCAAAUUCACCAAAUUGCACACAAUUUGCUUCACUCUGACGACUCUCAUGGAAAACGAUCAAAUCGGUAUUAUAUAUCAAUCCAUAAGGUAAUACGGUGAUGAUGUAGUGGCAUCUAAACUCACCCCAAAAAUGUUUUAGAAACCCCCAAAACAAAACAAAAAUCCUAUGUUUCUGUGUAACUACCAACAAAUGGGUCUUUUAUUGUUAAUUAUACAAUACAUGCGGUCCAAACACUGAAGGGCUGCUGACCGGUCCAGUCUCCAAGUACUGUACAAAUUGCACAUGGUCCACCAUUACUGGGAAAACCUUCAGCUUUAGCAAAGAGAAAAGUGGUGCAAACCUGUGGCUGUCAGAGAAGAUAUACUAGUAUGUGUAACCAUUAAAUGGAUAAUACAUUGUGCAUAUUUUUAUAAUUGUAUUGUUACCAGGCUUGAGAGGUUAAAAUAACACACAUAACUUCUUCACAUAACUGAGAUUAAAAAAGGUCAAAUGUAUUCCGCUAUAGUUAUAGAAUGGAUAUGGUUUUCACGAUACUCUUUUUUUCAAGUUUUGAGCAAUGAUAAUCAAUUUCUGCUAUUUGCUCUACUGUAUUAUAUUAUAGUAGCAAGGUGAACUAGUAGGAACCAUGGCCACUUCACAGUUUGGAGGUCUGAAAAUUCUAUUUAAAUUCAAAUACCUAUCAAACAGAAAAGACCAAACAAAUAUAUCUAAGUAAAAAUUUCAUUGGAAUUAAUUUUGUCUUUAUUAACAUAUUUUCUUGCUGAAAUUAUUCAAGCAGAAAAUAAAGUCAGGAAGUUAAAUGACUCGAAUAUUACACGGAUGUAAUCAAUGAUUACAUUUAUAAUAGGUACCAUAGCAAGUAACUGUAUCGGAAUACUUUUUUUUUUGUUUUGUUUUGUUUUUUUUGUUUUAAUAACCCUCCAACCCUGAUUUUUGCAGUUUUUUAAGGGGGUGGGCGAUACAUUCAUCUUACUGAUAUGUGAUUUUUGUGUAACAUUAUGAUGCUGUGAUAUACAACGUAAAGUAUACAGUACAGGCUAAAAGUUUGGUCUCAACUCAUUUAAUGCAACACAAAUAAUGGUCCCAACACCACUGAUAAAGCAAGAAAUUCAACUAAUUAACUCCAAUAAGGCAUAUGUAUGAAGUGAAAACAAUUUCGACCUCUUGAGGUUCGAGCGAAUACUAAGAGUGUGCAUCCUUGGAAGAAACUAGAAUAAAAAACAUGUUUUCAGUCACCUUUUUUGUUUUUGCUAAGUAUAGUACAUAAUUCCACGUGCUCAUUCAGUUUUGAUACCUUCAGUGAGCAUCUACAAUGUAAAUAGUCAUGAAAAUAAAGAAAAUGCAUGAAUGAGAAGUUAUAAACAAACUUUUGCCCUGUACUCUAUUUCAGAGGGCUGGAAUGUAAGUAUAGCUUGUUUUAUUUGUCAGACAUUGUAUUAAUUGAUGCAUUAACUGAAAGUGUUACCGACCUUCACAAUGUAUGAUGGCAUUUAAUUUCAUAAAUGUACUCAUGUGAUUUAUUUGAAAUAAAUUAAGCCUCAGUGAAGUAGUUGUCCAUUA